UACAACCCCGACCAACAACCUCAUCAUACCUUCUUCUACAUCCUCGUACAACCAACCUCAUUCCCCAACCAUGCCACCACCACCCUCAUCAACCCCUAAGAUCACGACAACGCUCGAACCCCCACCCCCCCGCCCAUCCCCCCGCCGCCGCUUCAUCGAGUUCCACGAACAACCCUACACCCCCGCCUUUAUCCGCCAACCGAUCCAAGACAUGUUGACGUUGGCUUGGACGAACAGGUUCCCCGGGUUACAGAGACGGGCGCCGGCGGAGAUGGUAGUUGGGGUUUUGGAGAGGGUGCUGGCCGAGCCCCGCGAGGCCUUUAAAAAAGGUGGGGCGGGCAAGGGCAAAGAGAGAGGAGAUCGUGGUGGUGGGGAUGACCUGGAGGGGAUGACGGUAGUAGACUUUUGUUCGGGCGCUGGAGGACCCAUCCAGACGAUCGAGAGGAUCAUGAAUCCAACCGGCUCUCUGUAUUACGUAGAGGAGGGGGUUGAUGCGACGGAUAGUCCGAGGGAUCUUGUCGAGUUGGGGGUUGGUGGGGGAGGUCGGGGUCGGGGUGAGGGGGGCAAGAGGGCGGAGGAUUCCGGUGGGGCUAUUAGUACGAAUACCAGCACCAGUACCAGUACAACAAGACGCAGAACCGGAAACACCUCCAACACCACCACCACCAACAAGAACAAAAACGACAAUGAAGAUACACCGUCGUAUCGUCAUAGUGAUCGACGGUCGAAGAGACAGAGACAGCGACACUUCAGAACGUUCUUCUUGGCGUUUCAUCAUUUCGACGAAGAUAUGGCCGUCAGGGUCUUGAAGGAUGCGAUGGAGGGUGGGGAUGGCAUCGGCAUCUUCGAACUCCAAAAGUUCGACCUCGGGAGCUUGUUGACGAUCACGGGCCUCUGGCCGUUGACUUGGAUCUAUACGCCUUGGUUGAGGCCUUCUUUACUGACGCUGAUAUUCACCUACCUGAUCCCGAUCGUACCCUUCAUCCUGGUGCUCGAUGGGUACGUCUCGGCGUAUCGGUCGAGAGAGUUUGAACACAUCCGCUACCUAGCCAAGAUCGCGCACGACCAGCUCGUCCUGGACGGCAAGACCCCGCGUGGGGGCAAACCUUGGGUGUGGGAAGAAGGGAGCGAGACGCAUACGUGGCCGGGGGGAAAGGCUUAUUGGGUCGUUGGGAAGCGGGCCGAUUAGGCGCAAGAGUGGGAUGGGGUGGGGGAUUCGUAGAAGGGGGGAGAGAAAUGUUGAAUUGAGGCGGCUGCAGCUGAGGGAUGGGCCUGUAUAAAAAAAUGUGGAUACGUACGAUUAUAGAAAUACAUGGUAUACGA